AGUCUGAGAUCUUUAAUAAAGGCUCUUCAAACUCAUCACCUGAACAGUGGAAAGAGUUUGGGUUGUGGCCCAACUUUUCAAAGGUUCCCAAUUUUAAUAAGCGAUUUCGCCUUCACUGCCAUUACCUCUGGUCUAAUGUUAUGCAUGCACACAAAGAAGCCCAGAAAAAAAUACAAGGAGAAUAUAAUAUCUCAGAGACAUUCAGCCGAUCAUCAGAGAAUAAAUUAGAUAAGGCAAAUGAGAUCACAAAGAAUGUAGCAAUUGGUAAUAAACUUGAAG